UCCCCUUUGUUGUCAAUGGCUACAACAUAACAUCAUGGCGGACAUUAAUUUGUAACGGUUCCACAACAAUGCUUGUUUCUGGAUGUUAAACUAACCAACGCUGAUAAAGACAGAAAAAUAUGGAAAAAGAAUCCAAAAAGCGAGGGAGACGAUCUCAAGUUGGUCCGUUAGAUGGACAUGAAGGAAAUACAUCUUUCGAACUGGAUUUAGCCUCAGACAAAACUCCCCAACAUCAUACUAACAGUGUGGAUCACCCUGAAAUGUUUAAAGUAUUAGAUACCUUCAGAGACCAUGUCAAGGAAGCCAGUCGAAAGAAGAAUGCCAUCGCAGCCAUAGUAGAUGCUAAGAAGAGUCUGUCUAAAUGGCGUUCUUAUGCAACAUCUAAACGUGUCAGGGAGCGCAAAAAUCAGUUUUUAGGACCUAGUUCAUUUACUAGUGGUGUGGGAGCAGAUGACGAGAAUGAAGACCGCCACACAGGAGGGAUUGGAUUGGACGAUAUCGAGGAUAGAUUUGUCAAGAAUGACACUGUUGUUUCUUCUGUAUUUGGCAUCCAGAAAAAUGAAACCAAACGGAUGUCAACUGCAAGCAAUCGAUCCCUUAUUGAUUACUUCGCUAAACUUGGCAGAUCAAAAAAUCCUACGGAGAUGAUAGAUCUGGACUUCGUGGAAACAUUGCUGAAAAGUGGUGCCCAGAUAAAUUGUACAGACAAACAUGGCCAAUCACUCCUACACGAGGUAGCCCGAACUUGGCAUGUAGAUGUGGCCAAGUUUCUCAUACAGCAAAAAGCUGAUGUAAACUUGGCCGACAAGUAUGGCCGCACACCUCUUCAUGUGGCUGCAGCUGUCGACUACCCCGCAAUGGUGAACUUACUGAUAGAAAAUGAUGCUGAUAUUCAUGCCAAAACUAAGGUUGAGAAUCAAACCCCUGUCCAUUUCGCGGCUAAAAAUGAUGCAUGUGAAUCUCUGAAGGCCUUGAUCAACCAGAACGCCAAUUAUGAUACAGACUUGGACUACAAAGGGAGAACACCUCUCCACCUUGCAGCAGAGCUUGACCGGAGUGAGAGUGCCCGUCUGCUCCUCGACAAGAAAGCAAGGGUAGGCAACUCUGACCUGAAGGGAAACAAGAUCCUGUCCUGGAUGAUCAACAAGAUGCCUCCUGUGGCAUAUGAUGCUUUGUCCCAGUACCACUCUACAGACCGCCCCAACAGGACGCAGUACCUCUACCUCCACUUACUGGUACAGGACAGGGCUAUUGAUCCUAAUGGUGAUACGCAGAUUCCUCUACAAGUCGCUGUCAACUAUAAACAGUAUGAUUUGCUAAUGCAUCUUGUGUUCUCCAGACUCAUCAGCCUCAUGUGGUGUCGAUUCGCAAGAUGGCGUGCCUAUGUCCAGUUCUUCCUCAACUUAGUGUACAUCUUACUAUGGUCAGUGCUGGGUGUUAUGGUGGAGUACAACGAACGUCAUCACUACAUUCUGCCAGACCAUUGGUGGAGGAUAGUACUUCUGGUGGCAGCCGUUGCUUUCACCAUUUACCAGGUUGUAGAGGAAAUCAAUGAAUACAGACAUUCUGUUCGGCGACACAAGGCAUGGGAAAACAGAAGAAUGAAAGAUAUAGAGCAAGAUUUAGAGUUUUGUCACCCACGCUGGCCUGAGGAAGAACUCUUUCUGAAAUCUGAGCUCAGAGAUUUGGAUAAAAUGUCUCCAAAAUAUUUUAAAGAUUAUUGGAAUGUAUUUGACUGGGUCUGCUAUGGAUUCCUGUUCUUUGUGAUAAUUACACAUCUGGUCGAUAUCAUUCACCACUCGGAGAACCUGGCCCGUUUACACAUCAGUGUGAUGGCCAUAACCAUCAUUUUGUUGUGGGUUAGACUGGCCAAGUCUGCUCGUCCCUUCUCACUCAUAGGGCCUUUCAUUGUGAUCCUCAGCCACAUGCUCAAUGAUCUGUUGAGGUUUGCUUUCCUCUAUCUCGAGUUUUUCCUGCCAUAUGUGUGUGCCUUUUGGAUGAUAUUUGGAGGUACACGUGUAGCGUAUGCAGACCGACAUGAUCCUAAUGCCAACGCCACCAUUACUGUAGCUGGUUUCGAGGAUUUUAAUGCUGUCCUUUUUACGAUGUUCCGUCUAACACUGGUGGAUGAAUACCAAUACGAUGAUUUGAAAUUGAUUGACCCAGUCAUGACAGACAUUUUGGUUGGAACAUGGCUGGCCUUGUCGGCCAUUAUCUGUCUCAACCUGUUCAUCGCUCUCCUAUCUGAUACCUUCCAGAGAGUGUAUGACAAUGCUCAAGCUAAUGCUAUCAUGCAGAAGGCCAUAACAUGUCUAAACUUCUGGGAUGGAAUGUCAACGAAAUCACGAAAUCAAUUCUUAGACUAUAUUGGGAAGAAUUGUUCUCCUCUCCAGGAAUAUUAUGAUGAUGACAUGACAGAAGAGGGUGAGGAAGACAUGAAAAAAGUCACCAUACAGAUAAAGGAGGACUUAGAUGACUUUAGAGAAAUGUUUGCUCUGAAAUUCUUUUCCGGAAGUUCAGAUAAAAGCUUAGAGGGUAAAGAUGACAACUGAGGGUCUGGUGACCACUAAAAUUCUACAGAGUGAGGUUGAGAAUCUACAGAUUGGUCUGCAAGAACUGAAGGACUCCCAGAAGAAAAUGCAACAUAAGGUGACACAGGAUAUGAACACCAUCAAGACCUUACUCCUCCAGAUGGCUGGCGGAGGAGGCGGGAACUUCGUUGAGACAGAAGGACUGUUGGAGAUGGGAGAUGAAGACAUGGCCACUCCUUCUUCAACAUUAACAGACGGCAGGAGACAUAGAGAAAAGUCAGCAGACAAGAAGAA